AUGGGCCUGGCCCUUCUCUACACCCCGCUCGAGGCCGACCCGCCCCGUCCUCACGCUGUUGACCUUGUUCUGAUCCACGGGCUCAACGGAGAUGCGACGAGAUCCUGGACGAACGCAGCAACGGCCGCGUUUUGGCCCGGUGAAUUUUUACCGGUCGAUGUUCCCGAGGCCAGAAUUUUCAACUUCGGGUACAAUGCUGACGCCGUGUUUGGGAAUACCACAGCGGAUAUUGUAGACCAUGCCAAAGAUCUACUCAGCAGCCUAAUCGACGAGCGAGAGGGAGAGCGAAAGAGUCAGCCAAUCAUCUUCAUCGCCCAUUCUCUAGGGGGAAUCAUAGUGAAGCAGGCGCUGUUGUCAGCCAAAACCGAACUACGGUAUCAGAGUAUCCAGCAGAAUACGCUUGGAAUCAUCUUCUUUGGAACACCUCAUCGUGGUAGCGAUAAGGCAAAUUCGAAACUGGUAAAGGCGUUAAAAGAAAACAGCGACACAUUGGCCCAGCUCACAACUGCCUUCAGACGCGAACUCUCACAAUACCAGAUUGUGAGCUUUUAUGAGAUGAAACCGCCAGGAUUUCUUAGGACCCUGAUUGUGAGCAAAGAGUCGGCAUUAUUGAAUAUUGACGAGGAAGACCAAGUACCAAUCGAUAGAAGCCAUCGAGAUCUAUGCAAGUUCGCAAAGCGUAACGACGCGACAUAUGGGAAACUCGUCAAAGAAUACGCAGGAUUCUCAACCAAAAGCCUCCGGGUUCACGACAAAGGGACGGCCGUAUCCAACCUAUCAUUUUAUAUUCCCUUCCCGAGCAAUCCGCACUUUGUAGGCCGUGAGGACCUCCUUGAGAAGCUUCAAGAAAAGCUAUUUUCAUCUAAUAGCGUCCACAAUGUUGCAAUUUUUGGUCUAGGCGGUAUCGGAAAGACCCAGCUUGCACUUCGGCUCAUAUACUGGGUAAAGGAAAACCGGCCAAACCACUCAAUCUUUUGGGUCUCGGCUCUAAGCUAUGCCACAUUUGAGCAAGCAUAUGCCGAAAUCUUUAAAAAGGUCGGAUUACAGCAAUUCGACAAGGAGGAUCCGAAAGAAACCCUUUGCGACUACCUCAGCUCUGAGAAAGCGGGACAAUGGCUCCUAGUCAUCGAUAAUGCCGAUGACGAGGAUUUACUCCUUUUAUCCACUAAACAGCAGCGGAGUAUCAGCGACUACCUCCCAAGUAGUGAUAAUGGGAGAAUCCUAUACACUACCCGAACUAAGAGAAUUGCAACUUCAGUUGCUGGAGGUAACUCGAUGAAGCUGCCAGAGAUGACUGAAAACGAAGCAAAGGGUUUCUCACCAGCUUGGUAUACCACGAGGAUCAACUAA